AUGAUCUGGGAGUUCAGAGAGCAGGCGUCUGCACGUGUAUUGCUUGACUCGUCUACGGCGGAAAGAUCGAAGACCCCUAGAUGCCGCUGUCUACACCGCCUGCGCGUUCUUCCGGGAUCUUCGAGACCUGCCAAGCUGCAUCGCUGCAACUACUGGACCACGAGGAACUCCACCUGGACCCCUUCAUCCGUAUACAGGAAUUAUCGGCGGGUUCGAACGAUCGCGUCGAAUUCCCUUCCCUCGGGUGCAGAAAAGCAUACGUCUAGCUCCCUGUGGCUGCGAUUGCUGGAAAUGGCCGUAUCUGUCCUUGAUCUUGAAGCUCACGAUCAUCUUUUGACCAGAGUUCAAAGCAGACCUGCAGCAGAUAACUUCUUGAAAGCUCGAGGACAGCACUCUCCCAGCGUAGGAGCAUAUGAAAUCCCAUUGCAGGAUAUCGGUGCCCUAACGAGUAACGAGUUUUUGAACGAGCUUCUUUGA